AUGCCUUCUACAGUACUCGUACGAAGCUUGUUCCGUCAUGCCUGGACACUCUUCCUCUUCACCAAGUCAGACAUCAAGACAACAUUGAUCCCCAUCUCGAUAUUCGCCAUUGCUUCCGCACCCAUACAUUCUGCCUCCCACGUUCCUCAUGUCGUAUUCUGGGUUUGGCUGCACCUCCUACAGUUCGACGUCUCGAACCAGCUGAUGGACCCAGACGAAGACAAUCACAACAAGCCCGAUCGUCCGCUCCCCGCGAAACGCAUCUCUUAUCGGAACGCUACGAUUAUGAGAUGGGCACUCGUCCCUCUUUGCUGGGGGCUCUCGGCCCUGUACAGCUCAUACGUCCUAUGUGCAAGCGUAGCUCUUGUCGCUUUUACCGUUAUUUACGACGAGUUGCACGCCCACUCUGGUCACUUCGCUGUUCGUAAUGUUGUGAACGCGGCAGGAUUUGCUUCAUUCGAACUAGGUUCGACUCUCAUCUCUGGUACUGACCCAUCCAGGUUCACAAGCACCAUGCUUCUCGCCAUCAGCAUCAGUGCCGGGAUAUUCGCAACAACGAUUCAGGCUCAAGACUUCAAGGACAUCCGCGGCGAUAGUCUCAUCGGCAGGAAGACCCUACCCAUCGUUCUCCCCUCCGUCGCUCGGCCCACCCUAUUGGUCGCGCUUCUUGUCUGGUCCUUGUCCCUCACACACAUCUGGCGCCUCGACUUCACUACUGCGUGCACAUUGAUUGCGCUCUCAUGUUUCGUAGGAGUAAGGUUUGUGUUCUUGCAGGGGGAGAAGGAUGAUCAGAUCUCGUUCUAUUGGUAUAAUGUGAGCUUGAGUGUUUAA